GACUACGGCCGGCGCCGCGUCACGGCCGAGGAGCUCUUUGAGGCCAAGGUGAUCUCGCAGGACGUCUACCGGCUGCUCAAGGACGGCUCCAGGACCUUCCGCCAGCUGCUGGAGGACGAGGCCGUCCGCAGGUGCCUCUACGGCUCGGGCUGCGUCGCCGGCAUCUACGUGCCCUCCUCCAAGCAGACGCUGAGCGUCUACCAGGCGCUGAAGAAGGGGCUGAUCGGCGCCGAGGCGGCCCGCUGCCUGCUGGAGGCCCAGGCGGCCACCGGCUUCGUGCUGGACCCCGUCCACAACGAGAUGCUGUCGGUGGACGAGGCCGUGCGCAGAGGCGUGGUGGGGCCCGAGAUGCACGACCGCCUGCUGUCGGCCGAGAGGGCCGUCACCGGGUACCGGGACCCCUACAGCGAGCAGAAGAUCUCCAUCUUCCAGGCCAUGAAGAAGGACCUGGUGCCGAGCGAGGAGGCCCUCAAGCUCCUGGACGCCCAGCUGGCCACCGGCGGCGUCAUCGACCCGCACCUGGGCUUCCACCUGCCCCUGGAGGUGGCCUGCCACCGCGGCUUCAUCAACAGGGAGACGUACGACGCGCUGUGCGAGCCCAGCGAGGUGCGCAGCUUCGUGGACCCGUCCACCGACGAGAAGCUGAGCUACACGCAGCUGCAGCGGCGCUGCCGCAAGGACGAGGGCAGCGGGCUGCUGCUGCUGCCGCUGGGCGACGCGCGCCAGCUCACCUUCCGCGGGCUGCGCAAGCAGAUCACCGUGGAGGAGCUGGUCCUGUCGCAGGUGAUGGACGAGGCCACGGCGCAGCGGCUGCACGAGGGGCUGACGUCCGUCGAGGAGGUCUCCAAGAACCUGAAGGCGUUCCUGGAGGGCACCAGCUGCAUCGCCGGCGUCUUCGUGGACUCCACCAAGGAGCGGCUCUCCGUCUACCAGGCCAUGAAGAAGGGCAUCAUCCGGCCCGGCACCGCCUUCGAGCUCCUGGAGGCGCAGGCGGCCACCGGCUACGUCAUCGACCCCAUCAAGGGCCUGAAGCUGACGGUGGAGGAGGCCGUGCGCAUGGGCAUCGUGGGGCCCGAGUUCAAGGACAAGCUGCUGUCGGCCGAGCGCGCCGUCACCGGCUACAAGGACCCCUACACCGGGAAGCUCAUCUCCCUCUUCCAGGCCAUGAAGAAGGGGCUGAUCCUGAGGGACCACGGCGUGCGCCUGCUGGAGGCCCAGAUCGCCACCGGCGGCAUCAUCGACCCCGAGGAGAGCCACCGCCUGCCCGUCGAGGUGGCCUACAAGCGCGGGCUGUUCGACGAGGAGAUGAACGAGGUGCUGUCCGACCCCAGCGACGACACCAAGGGCUUCUUCGACCCCAACACGGAGGAGAACCUCACCUACCUGCAGCUGAUGGAGCGCUGCGUCACCGACCCCGAGACGGGGCUGCGCCUGCUGCCGCUGAAGGAGAAGAAGCGUGAGAGGAAGACGUCGUCCAAGUCGUCGGUGCGCAAGCGGCGCGUGGUCAUCGUGGACCCGGAGACGGGCAAGGAGAUGUCGGUGUACGAGGCGUACCGCAAGGGCCUCAUCGACCACCAGACCUACCUGGAGCUGUCGGAGCAGGAGUGCGAGUGGGAGGAGAUCACCACCUCGUCCUCGGACGGCGUGGUCAAGUCCAUGAUCAUCGACCGGCGCUCGGGCCGCCAGUACGACAUCGACGACGCCAUCUCCCGCGGCCUCAUCGACCAGUCGGCGCUGGACCAGUACCGCUCCGGCACGCUCUCCAUCACCGAGUUCGCCGACAUGCUCUCCGGCAACAUGAGCGGCUUCCGCUCGCGCUCGUCCUCCGUCGGCUCCUCCUCGUCCUCCUACUCGGCCAGCCUGGCCCCGCCGAGGCUGCCGGGCGCCGCGUGGACCGACCCCAGCGAGGAGACGGGGCCGGUGGCCGGCAUCCUGGACACCGACACGCUGGAGAAGGUGUCCAUCACCGAGGCCAUGCGCCGCAACCUGGUGGACAACAUCACGGGCCAGCGGCUGCUGGAGGCGCAGGCCUGCACCGGCGGCAUCAUCGACCCCGGCACGGGCGAGCGCUGCUCGGUGGCCGACGCCGUGAGCAGGGGGCUGGUGGACCGCAUCAUGGUGGACCGCAUCAACCUGGCGCAGAAGGCCUUCUCCGGCUUCGAGGACCCGCGCACCAAGACCAAGAUGUCGGCGGCGCAGGCGCUGAAGAAGGGCUGGCUGUACUACGAGGCCGGGCAGCGCUUCCUGGAGGUGCAGUACCUGACCGGGGGGCUCAUCGAGCCCGACGCCGCCGGCCGCGUCUCCCUGGACGAGGCGCUGCAGAAGGGCACCAUCGACGCGCGCACGGCGCAGAAGCUGCGCGACGUCGGCACCUACUCCAAGUACCUCACGUGCCCCAAGACCAAGCUGAAGAUCUCCUACAAGGACGCCAUGGAGCGCAGCAUGAUCGAGGACGGCACCGGCCUGCGGCUGCUCGAGGCCUCGUCCCGCUCCUCCAAGGGCUACUACAGCCCCUACAACGUCAGCGGCGCCGGCUCCGCCGCCGGCUCGCGCUCCAGCUCCCGCACCGGAUCGCGCUCGGGUUCGCGGCGCGGCAGCUUCGACGCCACCGGCUCCGGCUUCUCCAUGACCUUCUCGUCUUCCUCCUACUCGUCCUCCAGCUUCGGGCGCAGAUACGCCGCGGUUCCGCACGGUGCCGCGGAGGCGGCCGCGCUGGCGCUGGCCCUGGGGCGGGCGGCGGUGCUGAGCGCGGCGUGA